AUGACCAGAAAGAAAAAAAAAAAGAGAUGCCAAAGAGAGGAAUUGGUGGAUGGAGUGCCAUGGACAGCGGCAGAUAGCGAGGAAGUGGAGAAGUGGAGAAGGGCAGGGGACGGGUUGGGGAAGGACAUGGGGAAGUUCGGAGGUUUCGGAGAGGAAGAGACCCUCGCGCCGCUGCAGACCGGAGACAAGUGUAUGCACUGUGGAUAUCGGCGAGAUCCUGGGACGGCGAUCAGGGUAGAAGGGCAGCAGAGCAAUCGAGCAGGCAGACAGGCAAAUAAGCUAGCAGAAAUGAAAAGGUUGUCAGACGACGACCUGCGCGCAGGACAUUGGUGCACACUCACUGAGACUGAAUGCGAUAUCGAAAGGAGAAAAAAAAAACAACGACCAGGAACUGGCAGUCAUCCCCUCGCGCCUGCCCAACUGCCGAUCCUCCUCCAAGUUCUUAUCCUCUUCGUCCGACUUCUGAAUCCACCGGCGGCCUUGCCCGCAGUUUCAUUGACCCCUAUCCCACGCGCAUCUCAUUCUCCGCCCCUUCCGUCCGUGCCCAUCACCUUCCCCCCCUUCCUUUCAUUUCCUUUUGCAGACCCCCCGAGCUCCGUCCGAAGCGCCGAUAAGCCCCGCCGCGGUCACGACACCAGCACGACCCGCGCAGUGCGGGCGGCGUCGCCCUCGGACAUGGUGUGCCCAUGCCGCGCGUGGGCCCACGGUCCGCGCCCUGGUGCCGUCGCGGACGCCGACACGGAUGCCGAUGUGGUGCGCGAGGUGGAGUGGGCGAGGAGGGCGGCCAUGCGCCAGUGGACGAUCGGCGGCGAGUGCGGUGCGGGAGCUGUGGAGGAUGCUGGCUGCAGUGAGGGCGACGCGAGGACGUCGGGCGAGCUCCACCAGCGGCCGGGCAUGCGCCGUCGUUGGGGAGGCGCGCCGUGCGGGGUGUGUGCGUCCGUGCUGAGGCGGCGUGCGAGCACGCCGCGGGUGGGCCCGCCGCUGGGCAUCGUCGGAGAGGACGAGGACGGGGCGGGCGAGCAGGACGGGGAGAUGGCGGAGAUGGAGGAGGACAGCGACGAGGGGGGGACGGGGACGGCGCGGCGGAACAUGCUCUGUGGGGAGAGGAGGAGCGGGGAGUGUGCGAGAGAGGGCGGGACGGGGACGGGGACGGGGGCAGCGCGGGCGUCACGGCGGAGGAGGGACUUUGUGCUGUGGGCACGGUGCAUCGGGGGCCGUGUCGGACGACGGACAGCGAGGGACUGGCUGCGGUGCAUGUUGGCUGGUGCGCUCUCGGAGGCAGCCAGGGCGGCGGUGUGUGUGGGUGGUGGUGGUGGUGGUGGUGGUGGUGGUGGUGGUGGUGGAUGGGAUGGGAUGGGAGGUUGGAUGUGUGGAGAUGGGGUAAGCAAGCGAAGCUGGGGCGGGGAGCUGUUAUAUGUAGACGAGGAGGAGAGGGCAGGGGAAUAA